ACGAUACAGAUGUACAGACCAUCUUCCUUCUCCUGUCGUACUAUACACUUGUCAAUACAUACUAUAGCGUCAGCAACAUGAGGGGAAUCCAAGUCAAGGAAUAUGUCCAGGGUCCUCAACAUCUCAACGUCACCGACCUACCUGAUCCAUCCCCCAAACCGAACCAAUACCUGAUCGCUGUCCAUGCCGCUGCCACAAACUUCUUCGACCUGCUCCAGAUCCGUGGAAAAUACCAACACCAGCCUCCUCUCCCAUGGGUUUCUGGUGCCGAGUUCUCUGGUGUUAUUCUGAAGGCUCCUCAAUCAUUGCCUGGAGGGAAGAAGCCCAAGUUCAAGGAGGGUGACAAAGUCUUUGGUGCAUCUCAAGGUGCAUAUGCCACAAAGGUUUGUGCUGUCGAGGAGCAACUCCGACCAAUGCCCAAGGGAUGGAGCUACUUUGAGAGUGCCGGGUUGAUGGUCACUGCCCCCACCAGCUACGCCGGUCUUGUAACAAGAGCGAACAUCAAGAAGGGCGACUGGGUCCUGGUUCAUGCUGCUGCUGGAGGCGUCGGACUUGCUGCAGUACAAAUCGCAAAGGCAUUUGGAGCAACGGUUGUCGCCACUGCCGGUACACAACACAAACUCGACGUGGCCAAAUCUUUUGGCGCAGAUCAUCUAGUCGACUACAGGCAAAAAGACUGGCCCGAGCAGGUCAAGAAGCUGACACCAAAGGGUCGUGGUGUAGAUAUUGUCUAUGAUCCUGUUGGACUGAUCGCCCAGAGCAUGAAGUGCACUGCUUGGAACGGAAGGCUGUUGGUUAUUGGUUUCGCGGCAGGAGACAUUGAGAAGAUGGCUACCAACAGAAUUCUGCUGAAGAACGUCAGCGUCAUGGGUCUGCAUUGGGGUGCAUAUGCCACUAACGAGCCAGAGAUGAUUGAUGUGGUGUGGAAGGGCUUGUUUGAUCUGAUGGAAAGUGGUAAAUUCCGAGGAACAUGCUAUACGGACAAGGAAUUUGUCGGACUCGAGACGAUCCCCGAAGCAUUGAAGGCUCUUGGAGCUCGCGAUACCUGGGGCAAGGUGGUUGUCAAAGUGCCGCAAGAAGGACAGAGCAAAUUGUAAAUGGCAGGCGCGUAUCAAAGCAGUGAACGCAAAUCACGCGUUUCCCAAAUCGCUCUUUCCUCUUGUCGCGCGCUGAACAGCCACCCGAUUUGAAACCUGCGCAUCUCCAGUCCCAAUGUCUCAUCCUACUUCAGCACUUCCUCUCGAGUAUUUGAUCCGUCUCUUCGAAGCAAACAUGGCACCCCACGACAAUCAGCAUCUGGGACUGAAUGACAAGGACCGCCGUGCUCUUGGUCAUCGUAUGCUCCUUGACGAACAGCAGCGCCGUCUUGAGUCUCGCAGAGCCUUGGAAGCUUCAAUUCAAGCUCCCGUCUGUCCUUACUACAGUACCUCGGGCCACUCCAAUUGUUGGUGGUGUCACCGCAACGGGAACUUCCAACCAUCUGAAGCCACCGAGAACCUGCUUAGAAGUCUGACCCGUCCACAGUAUCAG